CGUGUCUAUGGUCCAGGGAUAAAAUACACUGGUAUAAGAUCACUGUAUAAAUACACAACGUAUCUCAAUGGCCGGAAUAGAAGUGGGACAAGACACAAAGGACGCAGUCCAUUGCCAGACCGUGGCCAGCGUAGACACGGGAACGGAUGGACUCCACAACCCAAACAAAGAAAUCAUUUCAGAAGUUAAAUGCAAGCUAUGUAGCCGGGUAAUAAUUAGUACAGAAACACGCUACGUUCAUAACAGUCAAGUUAUUUGCUCCGUAGGAUGUUUUGAAAAGUUACAAAUACUUUGUGAGGCAAACCGUGCGGGUUCAGAGCAAAUCGACGAGGGUGGUGGGACAGCGCAUGUACCAUGUCAGGUUCAAGACAAAGUGGAGGCUGUAUACAUGUUCCCAUCUUGUGAUGAUGGCCGCAAAUUUAAUUUAGAAACAAAAGACGAAAUACGUAAACUGAAUCAAGAUGUUAAUACGCUACGGGGCAAGAUCAGCUUACUAACAUCACAAAAUGAGGAGAUAAUUGCAAAUCAAGAAAGGCAGACGCACAAAAUCACACGAAUUAUCACUGAGCUACAGCAACGUCUUCAACAACUGUCAAUUAAGCCCGACGCCGUAUUAGAUAACAUCCUUUCCAAAAUCAUUGAGGAAACGAGUGGAAGGAGAAACCAAGCAUUGACUGUACCACCACUACAUCAUGAACAAAAAGACGAAAACGACAAAACAACUCUGAAAGAUUCAGCAUAUUUCUCAGUAAAGGCUGAGUCAUUAAUAAACCUUGAGUCUCAUAGCAAUCACGAUUAA